AAGUUCUAAUGGUCUUCUUGUUUGGCAACGGAGCAAGCAAAUUAAGAGCUUUCUUCUCACCAGAAAUAGAGGAGAAUUCCCUGGUUUUUGUCUUCCUCUAGUGAGAGCAGAUUCCUGGAUUUGUGUUCGCCAAAAACAAGCGAGCAGCCUCUUAUCUCGGAGAAACAGAAAGAACGAUAGAAAACAACACAAAGUUUUUGGAAAAAGGACAGAAAGACAAAACCCUUUACAGCAAUCUCCAUAUACAACUACAACUCUCUCCCUCCCUCCCUCUCUCUCUCUCUCCCUCUCUCUCUCUUUUCUGAUGUCAAAUAUUACAGGUGAUGAUGGCAGCUUCUCUUCAGGUAAUACUGGGGAAGAAGUCCAGCAGCUGCCGCUUCAUAAAAAACAGCUCCAUGGCUCCGCUUCCGGGGCGGCUGCAACUAACAGCAAUGGAUCCUCCUCCCAGCCACCGCCACCGCCACUGCCCAAGAAGAAGAGAAAUCUGCCAGGAACUCCAGAUCCAACUGCUGAAGUUAUUGCUCUAUCACCAACAACACUAAUGGCAACGAACCGAUUCGUUUGCGAGAUCUGCAACAAGGGGUUCCAGAGGGACCAAAACCUGCAACUGCACCGGAGAGGCCACAAUCUGCCAUGGAAACUGAGGCAAAGAAACAGCACUGAGGUGAAGAAAAGGGUGUACAUAUGCCCCGAGCCAAGCUGCGUCCACCACAACCCGGCCCGGGCCCUCGGCGACCUCACCGGAAUCAAGAAACACUACAGCCGGAAGCACGGCGAGAAGAAGUGGAAAUGUGACAAGUGCUCCAAGAAGUAUGCCGUGCAGUCGGACUGGAAGGCUCACCAGAAAACCUGUGGGACCAGGGAAUAUAAGUGUGACUGUGGCACCAUCUUCUCGAGGAGAGAUAGCUUCAUCACUCACAGAGCCUUCUGUGAUGCAUUAGCAGAAGAGAACAACAAAGUAAACCAAGGACUAGUCCCCAACAUGGGAUCAAACUUACCACCAGACCUCAUCCCUUCCAUGCCCUUAAACACCAACAACAUCAUAAACCCAUCCAUGGCAGUAAUCUCAUCAUCAGAUCAUCAAUUCAACGUCUAUGACCCCAAAAACCCUCUCAAAUCCCUCUCCCAAGACCCCCUGGUCCCAAUGCCCUUCAAGCCCAUGAACAUGGCCGCCGCCGCCGGCAUGUUCUCCACCACCUCCGGCACCCUCUUCAGCUCCCCAAGAACCAUUUCUUCCUCUCCCUCCAGCCUCCAGCUCAGCUCCAACAGCUCCUCCGCCGGCUUCAACUACCUCCAAGACGCCAAAAACGGAGGCGGCCAGCUUUCCGGGUCGCCACACAUGUCUGCCACAGCCUUGUUGCAGAAAGCCGCCCAGAUGGGCGCCACCGCCAGCAACAGCAUCAACUCUCCCAUGAUGCAGAAGAGCUUCGCCAGCAGCAUGGCCGGCCCGGACCAUCCGGUCACCGGAAUUAGACCCUACAACAGCCCAUACGAACAUUAUCAGGCGCCGGAUCAGUCGACUUUAGUAGGGAUCAACGGCGGGGAAUUCACCAACCCGCUCCUCCAGAAAAACCCGCAAGAAAUCUCCCAGUUUUUUGAGUCUGGAACCGGUGGCGGCUCGGCCAUAAAUAUUGAGAUGGGAAUGUUCGGUGGAAUGUUCAAUGUGGGUGGUGGCGAUCAAAGCCAAGGGUUGAUCGUGAAGAACACAGAGAAUGAGGAGAACAAUAGCUCCGGCAUGAUGCCGGGACGAGCCCCGGCAGCCUGCCGGAGCCUGACGAGGUUCGGAACGAAUUCCGGAAGCAGCAGCGAUAUGAUGACAGUGGACUUCUUGGGGAUUGGAGGGCCAACGAGGCCUCCGAAUUUGCAUGAGCAGCAGCAGCAGCAUCAAAACAGAUUGGAAUUCGAAGCAAUGAGUCAACAGAGAAUGCAGGUGAUGAAUCAAUUCCAGCAACAGGUGGAACCAGGCAUGGAAAAGCCAUUGUGGGAUGCUUGAUUGACAGUGAUCAGUAGCAGAUUAAUCAUCGAAUCUUUGAUCUUUCUUCACUGAUCCGCCGCCCAGAGAUCUGCAAGUCAUGGAGAUUAAAAAGAAAACAAGUUGCGUGCUUUACUGCGCUGGAUCAACUGAUGACACACACACACACACACAAUCAAACAUGGGUGCAUUAGGAGUUGGAUGGGUCAAAGCUGCCAUGCAUUCUCAGAGACAAUGAUGAUGAGGACUGAGGAGGAUCUUAAUGUUAGUUUAAUUAGUUUCUAGUGAACUGACCUUUGUGUAUGAUCCAAUCGGGUGGCUGUGGCUGUUUCUGUUUGUACUAAUCCAUGAAUAAGCCAGCUUAGAAAGAUUUUCCUGUUCUAUCAAGUUGAUUAGGAAUAUAUAUAGGAUAAGUUGUCUUUAGUCAGGUUGAACGUUCAAGAAUACUUAGAAGAAGUUCAUGAACAAAAUAUAUAUAUAUAAUUCUCAAAAAGUCAGCAAUUAAUUACAUUUCUAUUCUUCU